AUGCUCGGUCGCACAUCAUGUCGCCUCCAGACAAUCGGCUUCUAUGUGGCGCAGCACCCGUGGCUGAAGGCGGCCGGUUUUGUGAAGAUCGGCUACAGCACCUGCCUUGAGACGCGCCUCGACAUGGCCUCUUUCAAGACGUGCUUUACACCGGAGUGGUACUAUGUCUCUGUCUUUGAGUGCCAGUCCAGCAAAGAGGCGCUUCUGCUCGAGCAGUCAGUGCUUUUUUGCCUGAGCGCAAAACGUGUCGAGCACCGCGAGCUGAUUCGGCUCAGUGAGGACGAGGUGACGGAGACAGCAGCGGUGCUCGCGCGCAAUCUGCGCCUCUCCGUUGUCCAGCGCAUGCGUCCGCAUUACGAAGGCACGCUCGCCCCAGUGACAUCAGCCCAACCUCGACAGCAGCCACUUCAACACACCUUCGCCGACUUGAAAACCACAGUGAUGAACGAGGAGCUAGAUGCGACCCCGCUGUCUCCCGCCAUGGUCUCCGCCACCAUUGCGCCGUACCUUGAAAUUCUCGACGGCGUCAAGGCAAACAUGCACACACUUCACUCGUCUCUCCACGAAGACGUCUAUCCGGCGGGGCGUAAAGGCGAGGAGGAUGAGGAGGGCCUCAGCAGCGGAGACUUCAGCUUUCUCUCCACCUGGAUCGACCGCAACGACUACUCCCUUGAUAUGCUUCGGCCUUACCAACAGGAGGCCGUCGCCCGCCUCAUGGCAGAGCUCCGCGAGCGCAAGAAAGCCGUGUGCCAGAUGGCCUGCAGAUGCGGCAAAACACCGGUGGCGUACCGCAUCAUUCAGCACACCCUCCAGGAGGGUGGUAGCGGGCGCGUUCUCUACCUUGUCCCUGGGCUCUCCCUGCUUCGGCAGACGGUGCGCAAGCUCGUCGCCUACGGUCUGCAGGACACGCCGCUGCUCCUCAUCGGCUCCGACCCACUCCCGGUGGUGCUAAACGGGAACAAGUGUCAGUCCAUGACGACGAACCCCGACGUGAUUCGAGAAACCAUCCUGGGCAAUCCCAAAGUGGUGGUCGUCUCCACGUACCACUCAUCGCCGCUGCUCAAGGAGCUGAACAUCUUUCAGCUCACCGUUUUCGAUGAGUGCCACCGCGUGUGCGGCAGCGCCGCCGAUACGGCGUUCAACACCGUGCUGAAGCUCCCACUGCACGGCCAGCGCCUCUUCCUCACGGCGACCCCCACGUACGACACACCCAUCAAAAUGAGUGACACCGGCUACUUUGGCGGUAUUGCCUACCGCUACUACCUUCGCGAGGGCAUCAACGACGGCUACGUGAACCCAUUCUCCGUGCGCGUCGUGCUGGGCGACACCAUGUCGCACAUGAAUCCAUACCUCUUCGAGGCGAUGCGCAUGGUGGACAAGAUGCUCGUCUUUUGCCGCGACAUCGCCCAUGCUCUGAAGAUGUACGAGGAGCUAAUGGCGGAGACACCCCCCAGCGACCUUGCCGCCUUCUCCGUCCUCAUCGCGCACUCGCGCAUGGGGAGCGCGGCCGUGGCCAAUGCUCUACAGUCCUUCACAACGGCGAGGCGGUGCCUUCUGCUGAAUGUGCGCCUUUUCCAGGAGGGGGUGGAGAUACCGGACCUCAACGCCGUCUUCUUCGCCGCGCCGCGAUACAGCUCGCGCGACAUCAUUCAGAGCAUUUGCCGGCCGCUGAACAAGAUGGAUGGCAAACCGCCAUCGUUCGUCCUUCUGCCAGCCGUCUACGACCGCAGAUACGCCGCGGAUCACCCCAUCAACUUGCAGAGCUUCUCCACUCUCAUCCCUUUCACGGAUGCUCUCAUGGACGAGGACCCGACACUCUUUGAGUACAUGAUCGACCCUCAGAAGAAGUCGUACGACAUCGACGUCGUCGGCGUUCGCUCGCUUAGGCUGACGUCGGAGAAGCUCCACCGAUUUGUUCUGCCAGCCAUUCGGCGUGGUGUGCGCUACUCCACUCGCGACACCGACCGUCUCCACCGCGCCGCGCGACUCCCGUGGAAGAGCAUCUUUGAGGAGAUGAAGCGCAUCGUGUACGAGUGCAACCGAUACCCCAAGACGAACGACGCCUGGGUGGUCGGUGGUACGCCAGUGUCGAUGAACAUGUUCUACCAGUACGUACGCCGUGGCUACAAGAUAUACGAGCGCGGUGAGCCCACCUACCUCCAGGUUCACCAGCUGCGCGACCUGGAGAGCCUGCCGCAAUGGAAGCGCUACGGCGUGCACGGGCCGUACCCGUGGAAGGAGUGCCUUCAGACGCUCGAACGCCACCUUCGCGCACACAAGACGGUGCCGCCGCUCGACAUACACAAGGGCGGCUACGUCGGCCUCGACGCGACACCGUUUGAGCGGCUGGCGGGCUGUCUCAUGAACGUCAACCAGGCGGAUAGCCGACUCCAAGUCGGGCUGCCACCAGAGAAGCAGGCGGACUUGGACCGUCUGUGUGCGCCGUACAGGCUGCGGUGGCGCAAGCGGCGCGCCACGUCUGGGGCAAUUGUGAAGAACGACGUGACGAUGAUCACGCAGUCCUACAUGCAGUUCAAGCAGCUGUAUGAGAAUGUGGACAAGGUGCCAGCGUUUAAAAAGUACCUCGAGCUGCACUUCCCCGGAUACCCGCAGAAGCACGUGCGAAUGGAAACGCUCGACAACCUGCGCAAGGGCAUUGUGCCGCCGCGUCGAGCCCAGCAGCCCCGACAGGAGAAGAGGAGGAGAAAGCUCAAGGGCAAGCAGCCCCCCAGCGCGGCCGCGAAGGGCCGCACUGUUAUGUGUCGCAUCUGCCGAGAACACGUUUCUGUUUUGAAGUGGGAGUCACACCUCUCCAGCAAAGCACAUCUCCGCGCGCAGAAGACGCUGUCGUGA